AUGACAACAGCAGUUCCCGAAGCAGCGCCAAUAAUCGACGUAAAAGCGAGCAGCCCGAUGCAGCAGCAGCAGCAGCAGGAGAGGUGCAUGCAAUUAAACGUUUCCCUCCCCGCCCGGUGCAUUCGUGUUGUUUUUGCGCCUCCAUCUGUCCCGCAGCCGGCUCCUCUGCUGCCGCCAGCCCGCCCUGCCUGCCGCUGCAGCCGAGGUCGCAGCUCCGCGCCGCUCCUCUGCAGGGCUGCGCAGCUCCUGACUGACAGAGAGAUGAGGGGUGGGGACGCAGGGUGGGGUCACAAGCAGGGAGAGGCGGAGGAGGAAAAGGCAGAGAGAGAGAGCCCAGCCCUUGAAUACACGAGCUACACCCAAAGCCCCGGUCGACCCCCUCCUGCUCCUGCCGCUCCACCCCUCCGCCGCUGCACCGCUCCGGCAACCGAGAUGCACACGGAGACCCGUAACAAGAAAUGCCAGUCGACUCCAAAGCAGAAGAAGAGUGCUGUGAGCGCCCGGAAGAAGCAGAGGAGCCCGGCCAAGCAGAGCGCCUCCACCCAGCAGCAAACGCCGCCGCCGUCAUCGCCAUCGCCUCCUCCUUCGGCCCAGGAAGAGGAGGAGAAGAAGGAGAAAGAGGAGCCGGCGACCAGGCCUCGGCAGGGGGAGGAGGAGGAGGAGCUGCAGGAAGUGACGACGGAGGAGCCGGUGAGGGUGAAGGAGGAAGGAGAAGAAGAGGAGGAGGAGGAGGAGAAAGACAUGCCCUCUGUACAGAUCAAACCAGAGCCAGAAGAGAUGGAGUGCACGGCAGAUGUAGGUGAUGACUGCUCACAGCCCACAGACCUGAAGGUGAAGACGGAGUGUAAGACGGAGCCGUGUUCGCCUCAGUCCAAUCCCGCCGAGGACCAGACCGAACCCGUCGACCUGUCGCUCAACAAACCCCGCUCGGCCUCCACGACCAGCACCACGGUGAACCCGGCGCCCAGCAGCGCUGUGACCCAGCCCAGCCUGUCGGCCACGCCGGUGCCCUCCGCCGUCCAAUCCAUCGGCUCCAUGGUCCUCUCUCCAGGCUCCAUCCUGGCCACGCAGGGCGCCGGAGGCCAGCAGAUCCUCCACGUCAUCCACACCAUCCCGUCGGUCAGCAUGCCCAGCAAGGUGGGCCAGCUGCAGACCAUCCCUGUGGUGGUGCAGUCGCUGCCCGUCGUCUACACCACCAUGCCUACCGACGGCGUCGCCACGGCUGCCAUCACGGUGCCGCUCAUAGGCAGCGACGGACGCUCAGAAGGAUCAGUUCGUAUUAAACCGGGUUCGACGUCUCCGGUGGAGUAUCAGAGUGACAGCGAUGCAGAGAGCGGUACGGAGUCCGGAUCGGCCUCCCAGAGCCUCGACGCAGGGUCCGUUAUGGACUUAGAGCCCGUCGAUCCAGACUCACCCGACAUCAAGAGGCGGCGGAUCCACAUGUGCGACUAUGAAGGCUGUAAAAAAGUUUACACCAAGAGCUCCCACCUCAAAGCCCACCGGAGGAUACACACAGGAGAGAAACCCUACCACUGUACCUGGGAGGGCUGCACCUGGCGCUUCGCCCGCUCCGAUGAGUUGACCCGACACUUUCGCAAGCACACAGGAAUCAAACCUUUCCGCUGCACCGAGUGCGACCGCUCCUUCUCCCGGUCCGACCACCUCUCCCUGCACCGCCGCCGCCACGUCAUGAUGUGAACUCUGACCUCCCUGCUCCCUACAGCUGCCCCUAAACACCCCUACAACCCUCUUUGAUUUCUCAAACUCCCCUCACAGCACAUCUUGUACCAGAACCCUCCCUCUGCUCCUCCCUCCUCAGCCCUGCAGGAUUAAAUGUCCUCCUCAUCCUGAACCCGCAGGUUCAUCUGGAAUGUUUGUGGAGGAUUUUUGACCGUCCACCUAAAAACAGUCCUCUCUCCGCCAUCCUCCCUACGAGACGUCGCCUCCUCACAGAGAGCCGAUGGACUGAAGGACAUCCAGCAGCAGAGAUGUUCAUCCAUCCAUCCAUCACAUCCAUCCAUCCAGCGGAGAAGAAGACGAGCCAACAAGGAAUGAUGCGUUUUGUUUUUAAACUCAAAGCUGGACGUCGCUUCAGCUGCUGUUUUCUUCAUUUACAGUCACUACAGAUCCAGAGUUGGGAAGUUAUGCAGCUCCACAAUUUCAUUUCUUGGUGGAUUUUUGAGAGAAGACGCCUCAAGUAGCCUCAUUUUCCAGGAACUUAAGUAGUUUACAUUCCUUUUUACUGACUUGAGGAUAUGUUUUGGCAAAAUCGGCAGAUUAUUUCACUUUAAGUCGUCCUAAUCAGCAUUUAUAAGCAGUAAGACUAACCGGUAGAUUAGAACAUACCAUAAUAUAAGAUGUCAAGAACUGUGGUUCCAUGUUAUCUGUGCAAAGAGAUAAUGGAUGAAACUGUACUUUUGAUAUAAAAUAAGUUUUCACGGGGGAAGUUAGACUUAAAAACUACAGUUAAACAUCUGUUACAUGAUUGCUUAUAAAUGCUAAAUAAUGGGACUGAGUGCUUUUUCAGAAGCAAACAGGAAUGAGCUAAAAGAACGCUGAGUUCUCGGGGUUCCUCAGGUUCUGGCACUUUUUGUCAAACAGCCUGAAUUUGGAUCCAGUAUUUCCCAGACUGCAUAUCAGAGCGUCUGUAUGCAUGUCAGCGUGUUGUGAGCUGAUUAGCAGCAGCUGAAGUGAUGUCAGACGUCUUCGGUGAACAUGUCUGAAGCUAAAAGUAGUUUUAUUUAGUCCUCCAGCCGUCACCCUGCAGCCCCAAACCCUCCCCUCCUCCUGGUACAGGGAGCUACAAGACUGUGAACUUUAUAAACAUUCAUUUAUUUUAAUUGUAUCAAUCACGUUGUUGUGUUUCCUCCUCCCUCCUCCUCCUGAUUCUUCUUCGAUAACAGUAUUUGCUUUUUACGUGUCGUUGUUGCUGUUGUUUUUAAGACACAAGGCCUUCGGUCUUGUCCAUUUUUCUUUUCUUUUUUAAAAAAUCUUUGCCAGGUUUGGCAUUCCAAACAGAAUGAGGAUAUUAAAAAAACCUAUUUCAGAUCCUUUUGUUGUUUUCUGAGGCUGUGAAAAAGAUGGAGGAGACACAAAUAGGUUGAGAAUAGAAGUAGAAACUCUCACGCAGGGACUAGGGGAGCUUUUUCCGAGUGUGUGUUGUUCAUGUGUGUGUCGGUGAGUGCAUGUGUGUGCAUGUUUUGAGACAAACGCAUAAUCAGAAUUUAAGAUUUUUACGAGUGUGUGUUCCGGGCACUUGUUGUUCUUUUACCUCUUGCCCGUCGAGCCUUAAUAACUGAAGUCAAUCUGUAAGGGCGAAACCAGAACCACUGAGAGACGACACUCGGCCCAACUUCAGACUGAGAGUUUGUACGAUUUUUGCUUGUUUUCGACGCAGCGAAACGUUUUUUUUUUUUUUUUAAUAGCUGGAAACCAAGAAACGAAAGAAGCCUUUAACCCUCCUGUUGCCCUCAUUUACGCACAUCAAAGAAUAUUGUUUCCUUGUCUGAAAAAAAAUCCCAAAAUUCAGCAAAAAAUUCCUCAAAUUUGGCAAGAAAAUUCUAGAUAUUUUCAAAAAAUUUGUAUAAAUCUUCAAAAAAAAUCCUAAAAAUAUCUAAAGUGAUUAUAUAUAUCAGCAAAAAUUCUAUUUUAUUUAAGAACAUUCAUUCUUAAACAAACAUUUUUAUUAACAUUUCUUUUUUUUUUUCCACCAAAAAAAUGUUCAAAGAUUUCCCAAAAAUGUUGAAAAUGUGGACAUCAGAAGUUUCACUGUGAAAGUAGAUUAUUUUUCCCACAUUUUCAAACUUUAAAAUGGAUCAUUUUGACCUGCAGGACGACACGAGGGUUAAUGGUUAAUUCUGAGAGAACGUUAGAUUGUGACACACCAGAGCAUUUAGAGCAAGAAAUCUGCUGGAUUUUACAAGCUUUGGGUGACAAAAAGAGAAACUGGUUGAAGAAAAGAUCAACUUCCUGCAUCAUGUCAGAAAUGAGAAACUCUAGCAGUUGUUUCUGGAAAAAUCUUCAGAUUUAGCAGAGUUUGCAGCCGCAGCGUCUGCUUUUAUCCGUCAUGCUCGAGCCGUCGUCUACAGAAAAGCCAUCUGCACUAUAGUUUGAAAAGCACUGCAGGAAGUCCGAGUCGCCCCAUCGUCUGUCAGUGGUUCUGGGAGAAACCAGGCACUGUGUCGGGCUGUAAGGGUCCGUGGUGCCUGGGGUUUAAACCACGGGGAAACUAAGCUCUCUCCUUGCUAGCAUUUCUACCAGGGUGGGGGUCAAUUCUCUCAUUAUUGUGAUAGAAUCUAAAUUAAACCAGUACUAACACAGAACCUUGUAGUCUUUAAACCUUCCUGGCUCAUAUCUGCUUCUAACCGGCACAUUUUUUCCAAACUGUUCACCUUUUGGGAGCAGAAUUGACCCCUGCUCUGUAACCCACGGUGUCCAUGUCUUAAGUGGGCUGUUUUUCAGCUCCUGAUCUGGGCUGAACUUGAUUAUGCAACAAAAACGCAGACCUCGCUCCAAGCGCUGUUCUGAGCUGAGCAGCAGAAGCUGCUGAGAGGCGGCUCACGUUAGGGUUGUACCUUAAAACACAAUAAAAGGGAAGGUGAGGAUGUGCAGAAGCCUGCCACAGAGCGAAGACGCCUCUGAGACUGAAACACAGAUUCCUAUCUGGAGGUUUGUGAUCGGUCCGACAGGCUUUUAGCACCCCGAUGUGUCGCUUUACAAACAACAGAAAAACGGCAUUUUUGCUUCGGAGACGCUGUUCUGGGUUGGAGUCGUCGUCGUUGUCAUCAUUUCAAAAGCUAGUAAGUGAGAGCAAAAAAUGGCAUACGUCUGACUUUUCAUAAUGCGAUAAUUUAAAAGGACGUGCAGGCUCAGAGUGAGCUGAGUGCAUGAAAUGAAGAGGGCAGAUUGUUGUUUGGUCCGCUCGCUGCAAUCAAAAAUAAAAGAUCCUUCUUAGCGCAGUCACUGAAUCUGACAUUUGCUUUCUUAGUUUUAAAAAAUAAGACCAGCCUUGCUCCAAGAAAAGUCUGGAAACAGGUUAAAAAGAGGCUGAAAUAUGACAAACUGUUUCCUAUCAACAGAAGUAUUGUAUAAAAUCUAAAUUCAGUGACUUCCUCGGAGGGUUUUUGUUCUUUUUUUGCAGCUCGGACUAAUUCAGCCUUCCCAUUUCUCUUAACAUCCCCUCUGCUUCGAGUAAACAAACAAAAAAAAAAGUUACUAAGCACAUCUUUCUAGAAGAGUAUAUGCAUUUGAUUGCAAUUUUCUUUAUUUUGUAAACUGUUGAUAAAGACAUUAAGGACAAUGACAAAUAAUUAAGAGAAAUCCAUGUACAUAAAUGUAUAUAAUCAAAAAGUGCAGAGUAAAUGUAACGGGUGAAUUUCUAUUUUUAACACUGACUAGAUAAUGUGAAAAAAUCUUUUCUUUUUUCUUCUUCUUUCUCUGUUGGUUUUGAUGAAAUGUGUUUCAUCAUGUGUAAUUUUUUUUUCUCUCAAAUCUAAUACAUUUGUUUCGUAGUUUCUUAAAAACAAAAAAUGGUCCCACUUGUGUUGUGCACACUUGUGUUGCAUGGAGAGUAGCCUUCUUGUUUUCUUAUAGUGACGUUGGUGAGCAUGUCAGUGUGUGUGAGAUGGUGAGGGAGGGUCCUUUAACACUGAAGAAAAAAUAAAACCCCAGCCGAGAAAUCAUGUUAGACAUGAUGAACCCGGGGAUUCACUUCAAGUCUCAGCGCUGGACCUGAUUUAAAAUACGAGAAAACAGUGAAAUGCCAGAUUUAGCUGGUUUGGGUCAGACAGAAUUUUUACAUUCAAGCUGUUCAGAUAAAGGAAAUAUAUGGAAAGCAACAUUUUCUUGCAGAGAAAGUCCCUGAUUAUGGUAACGUAACAUGUUUUGUCCUGUUAAAGUUGAAAUUAAUCCAUGUGUCACUUUAAACAUAGAACUCCCAUUUGAGAUGGAGUGUACGACAAGAAUAAUAAGAUAAAAACUGCAGUUUUGUUGGUUUUCAACACCAACUUGUCCCAUGAGGACGUCGCUAAGGCUCAUGGGAAACGUAGUUGUUUUAGUGAAGGCUAAGAACAGAACAUAAAAGAUGUUUUUCUACCCAGUAAAGUAGCAGAUACCCCCGAAACUCAGAAUAUGGAAGAAAAAAAAUCCCCAAACUUGAACCUUUUGCAAGGAUAGCUCUGGUAAAUUUAGUAGUUUUGACUGUAUUUGCUAAGUUCUACAUAAACUGCAUCUGUUUCUGCCUCCAGUUUGGUACAGUUGAGGCGAAUGGAAGUUAGUUUGUGGUUCUCCCAGGAAAAUAUUCUGGUUAUUCUGGGACAGUCUCUAAAACCAUAUAAUCGAAACAAGAUUAAUUACUGCCCCUUUGUGACCUGUUUUCAUCUGGUUUGUCACUUGAAAUGCCAUUUAAUCCUCCUAUUGUCCUCAUUUAUGGCCACCAAAAAAUAUUGUUCCCUUGUCUGAAAAAAAUUCCAAAAAUUAAGCAAAAAAUUCCCCAAAUUUCUAAAAAUUUGGAAAACCUUCAGGAAGAAAAUUCCAAUAAUUUCUUAAAAGUUUCCCUUAAAAGUUUUAUUUUAAAAAUCCCCCAAAUUUGGCAAGAAAAUUCUUGUAAAUAUUUUCAAAAAAUGAGUAAAAAUCUUCCAGAAAAAAUCCUAAAAACAUCUAAAAUGAUUCCAUAUAUAUCAGUAAAACUUCUAAUAUUUUCUUUAAGAACAUUCACAUAAAAAUCAACCAAAAUCCAGUGAAAUUCGCUGGAUUUUGGUUGAUUUUUUUGUGAAUGUUCUCAAGAAACAUUUUUAACAUUUCUUUUUCUCCACCAAAAAAUGUUCAGAUGUUUCCCAAAAAUGUUGAAAAUGUGGACAUCAGAAGUUUCACUGUGAAAAUAUGUAUAUUUUGCACAUUUUCAAACUUUAAAAUGGGUCAAUUUUGACCCGCAGGACGACACGAGGGUUAAUAGCUAAAAAGUGGAAGAUUACCUUGAGGUCAAGAAUAAAAAUUUACGCUGGAUUUCCUCAAUCAAAGUCCAAUGUGGAUAAACUAGAGGGAUCGGGACAGGAUUUUUUAACAACACGACUGAUUAAAACGACCAAAUGCAAUUUUUAAAAAUCCUUUUAGUGUCACAAAUCGAACUCCACACACCUUGGAGGCAGAAAACUCAGAUGCAGUUAUAUUGAAAGUGUCUUUUGCUAAACACCGCUAAAGGUUAUAGAGGAAACAAGCCCCUUUAAGACGUUUCUAAUGAACACAAUCAAUGCCAAGCCCCGUUUUUGUAGGAAGCACAUAACGAUAAUAUCGGCCCAUCGCUUUACAAGCACACCGAUCAGCUCUUGUUGACCAUCAGCAGCAGCUCAGUUGGUGGAUUAACACACAAACACACACCAAAAACCUCGAGAGUCACAGGAGGACAGUCAGUUUCCACGUGUACAUGUUGGGUCUUUUUUUUUUUUUUUUCCUGCUUUGUGUUGGGUUUUUUGCAGUUUGUGCCAGCUUGUUUUCCUCAGUAUUCCUCCAAAUGUUCUGUAUAAAAAGCAGGAAGGUUCAUCUGUAAAAGAAACAGAAAACAUUGAAAAGAGUUGCUGCGACCUGAACAGGACAAAGCUCACGUCUGUCCGUGUGUGUGCCUCGACUCGCCAUCAAUCACUUCUUCUGCAGAUCCCAAAACGUUAGGUAUUUUCUAUUGAAUGCAGUAACUUAUGGGCCAGUACUAUAUUUACUCAGUGCAAUGCAGUUAUCAUUAUAAUAAUACAAUUAAUAAUAUUUUUGUUCUUUUUUGUAUUUGUACAGAACAAAUGUGUAAAGAUCAGUGAGGAAAACGUGAGCUUUUUGAUACUGUGACUCAUGGUGUUUAAAAGUCAGUUUCUCCCUGUACAGUUGUGAUUAUUUCCCCCUCCCUUCCUUCUUCUUUUGUAGAAUAAAAAAUGUUUUUGGUGCAAUUUAA